GUCCUGCUCAGUUGGUAGACACACCUGAGGGUUAUGUUCCAGAACCACACGAGUACCACAGAUUGCCACUGACAAGGUUACUGGCUAAAUAUGGAGUUGAACCUAUUGAGAAGAAACAUGAAAGAACUUUAUACUAUCUUCAUAAAGCAGAUGAAAAAAGAAAAUCUACUAUACUGCAAAUGGAGGUAAGAUGUCUUCAAAAAGAGAAACCUGAAAAUAAAGGAUGGUAUUAUGUACCAACACAAGGUCAGUUUAAAGAAAGGGAAGACAUGUACGGAAGUCAGGAGAUGGUGAAGGCUAGAGAAUUAGGGAAAUAACUUGUUACUAAGAUAUGUCGUACAGGAUUAUUAUGAAACAAAGCCACUUAUUAUUUAAAUGCAUUGCUUUUGAACUUUUAAUGUGGUUUAUUGACAUAAUUUCCUCUUCACAGUUUUAGACAUAAUAUAGAUAUAUGAGGAUUUUCAAAUAAACUUUAAGUAACCUGAAUUAAAGAAGAAUUGAAGAAUAAAGUGUUAGAUAUUGUAUGAAACAUAUUGUUUUGCAUCAAAUUUUGUGAAUAAACAUUGAGUAAAUA